GCCGGGACCGGAGCCGGGAGCCGGCCGGGCCAUGCCAGGCGGAGCCCCCGCGGGCGCGGCGCGGCGCCAUGGCCGCUGAGAACCGCUCGGCGCCGGGCGGCGGCGCGCCCUGGGCCGGGCUGCCCGAUUUCAUCUUCCAGAAGGAGCUGUUUUCUGCGAGAGACACAGAUCCCAUGCACAACCUCUCUGCUCAGCCCUGGCAGGCGAAGAUGGCCAACCUGACCUAUGACAACUUCACCCUGGGCAACCGCUCCGAGGUGGCCGUGCAGCCUCCCACCAACUACAAGACAGUGGAGCUGGUUUUUAUCGCCACUGUCACCGGCUCGCUCAGCCUUGUCACCGUGGUGGGGAACAUCCUGGUGAUGCUCUCCAUCAAGGUGAACCGCCAGCUCCAGACUGUCAACAACUAUUUCCUCUUCAGCCUGGCCUGCGCAGAUCUCAUCAUCGGGGUCUUCUCCAUGAACCUCUACACGGUCUACAUCAUCAAAGGCUACUGGCCGCUGGGGGCCGUGGUGUGUGACCUGUGGCUGGCCCUGGACUACGUGGUGAGCAAUGCCUCUGUCAUGAACCUGCUCAUCAUCAGCUUUGACCGGUACUUCUGUGUCACCAAGCCCCUGACGUACCCGGCCAGGAGGACCACCAAGAUGGCAGGGCUCAUGAUCGCGGCCGCAUGGAUAUUGUCCUUCAUUCUCUGGGCCCCUGCCAUCUUGUUCUGGCAGUUCAUUGUGGGCAAGAGGACAGUCCCCGAGAGGGAAUGCUACAUCCAGUUCCUCUCCAACCCAGCGGUGACAUUUGGCACAGCCAUUGCUGCUUUCUACCUGCCCGUGGUCAUCAUGACGGUGCUGUAUAUCCACAUUUCCCUGGCCAGCAGAAGCAGGGUAAGGAGGCACAAGCCUGAGAGCAGGAAAGAGAGGAAAGCCAAGUCCCUCAGAUUCCUCAAGGGCCCUGUGGUCAAACAGAACAACAAUAACUCUCCCAAGAGGGCCGUGGAGGUGAAGGAGGAGGUGAGGAAUGGGAAAGUGGAUGACCAGGCGUCUGCACAGACAGAGGCCACUGGCCAUCAGGAAGAGAAGGAGACAUCCAAUGAGUCCAGCACCGUCAGCAUGACCCAGACCACAAAAGACAAGCCCACAGCAGAAAUCUUGCCAGCAGGGCAAGGACAGAGUCCGGCCAACCCCCGGGUGAACCCAACUUCCAAGUGGUCCAAGAUUAAGAUUGUCACCAAGCAGACUGGGACUGAAUGUGUCACCGCCAUUGAGAUCGUCCCAGCUAAGUCAGGUGCCUCUAACCACAACUCCCUGGCCAACAGCCGCCCAGUCAAUGUUGCCAGGAAGUUUGCCAGCAUCGCCAGGAGCCAAGUACGGAAGAAGCGCCAGAUGGCUGCCCGAGAGAAGAAAGUCACCCGAACCAUAUUUGCCAUCCUGCUGGCCUUCAUACUCACAUGGACGCCCUACAACGUGAUGGUCCUCAUUAACACCUUCUGUGAGACCUGCGUGCCCGAAACAGUGUGGUCCAUCGGCUACUGGCUCUGCUAUGUCAACAGCACCAUCAACCCAGCCUGCUAUGCCCUCUGCAAUGCCACUUUCAAGAAAACCUUCAAGCACCUUCUCAUGUGCCAGUACAGGAACAUUGGCACAGCCAGAUAAACUGGUACUCAGGGACCACUUCAGUAACAUUAUGGAAACCCUUCCCUUUGCCUCCUUUGCCAGCGGGGGUUCUUCUGCUCCCCACUCACAACAGAGCAGACUGCAGUGAUUGCAGAUGACGCCCUUCAUCCAACGCUGACAAAAAUCUAAGGCACCUCUGAGCUGCAGGUCCUUCCUGUCACCCUGGGCCUGGGGACUAGCUCGGGGAGACACCAGGAAAGCCAGAGGCAAGAGGAGAUGUGGUCCCCAGGAGCUCUUCCCAGCUCCAUACUCUUGAGAUUGGCCAAAUGGCAUCAGUGUUUCUCCCAAGACUGGAUGUACCUUUUUCCCCAGCUGACCAUCUCCAAGGUGUCAGAGCUUGUCUGCAUGCAGAUGAGCUAAUGCUGGAUGCUUUCCAUUGGCUUCUAAAGUGUUUAUUACCCAAGAAAUGAAGAGAAACCAGGGUCAAACAUUUGCUAGACAUCUUGGACCGGGCUGGCUCAGGCAUGCUAAUGGGGAGUCCUGCUUGCUCAGCCAGGCCCCCUGCGAAGGCACUCAAGAUUGGACCCUAACAGAUGCGGCAAGUGCUUCCUUUUCCUCGAGAGUGCUAUCGGACAUCCUCACCCAGGGACCUGAGGCAGAAUUUUACUCUGGGCUCCGGCUCUGCUCUCCCCUUCAUGCCCUUUCUGCCCUCUGACAGCAACUUGCUGUAAAGACAGACAGAUAAACCAAGCGUUUCACUCCUGGGUGAGGAGUGUGAAACCCAGUUGCCUCCGACAACGAUGGAACCUAAAACUGCAAAAAAAAAAAAAAAGCAGUAGUGUGGUGCAGGACUUGCUCCACAGCCCUGAGGGAAUGGUGCCCCUGAGAAGUGGGCAGCAGUGACUGUGGAAUAAA